AGCCGGGCCGGGCCGGGGGCGGGGGCCGGGGGCCGGGCGCGAGGGGGCAUUGUGUAGGGGAGCGCCGAGCCGCGUUUGUCUGCUCGAGGUGCUCGCCGAGCGGGCGCAGUAGCGGCCGGCCCGGGUUGGAAGUGUCAGCGGUGACCGCGGCCCGGGCGCGGGGCCGAGGGGGAGGGACCACGCGCCGGCCGGCCUCGAGCGCCGGCUGGCAGGCGGCGGUGCGCCGCGCAGCAACAUGCACAUAGGCGCCCGGCGCCCUGACGACCCCUCCGGAGGACCAGAGGCCGGGGCCGCGCUGGGGCGGCGGGGAGCAUGAGGGAGGCGGGCGGGCGGCUCGGCGUGGAGCGCUGCUAGGGAGCCGGGCGCGCAGCACACCCGCCGGGGCGCGGCGGAGGGCGGGGAGCCGGGCAGGUCGCGCCUGCGGGCCGGAGCAGACCGCCGGGAGCUGUUCUGAUUGCCGACGCGGACGCGAGGGGCCGGGCGCAGCCCCCGGCUCCGGCGCGCCGCCGACAUGGGCAACGCGGGGAGCAUGGAUUCGCAGCAGACCGAUUUCAGGGCGCACAACGUGCCUUUGAAGCUGCCGAUGCCCGAGCCAGGUGAACUGGAGGAGCGAUUUGCCACCGUGCUGAAUGCCAUGAACCUGCCUCCUGACAAAGCCAGGUUACUGCGGCAGUAUGACAAUGAGAAAAAAUGGGAACUGAUUUGUGAUCAGGAACGAUUCCAGGUGAAGAAUCCUCCCCAUACAUACAUUCUAAAGCUCAAAGGCUAUCUGGACCCAGCUGUAACCAGGAAGAAAUUCAGACGGCGUGUUCAAGAAUCUACACAAGUGCUAAGAGAACUGGAAAUUUCCUUAAGAACGAACCACAUUGGAUGGGUCAGAGAGUUUUUGAAUGAAGAAAACAAGGGUCUUGAUGUUCUAGUGGAAUAUCUGUCAUUUGCACAGUACUCAGUAACGUGUCUUUGUCGGCAAGGACUUCCUAUACUAAGUUUUGACUUUGAAAGUAUGGAAUGUACUAUGGACGGUUCGGCGGACAAAUCAAGGCCCUGGAGUAGGUCUAUCGAGGACCUGCACAGAGGGAGCAACCUGCCCUCACCUGUGGGCAACAGUGCCUCCCGCUCCGGGAGACCUUCCGCCCUGCGAUUGGUUUCUCUGCCUGAGUAUCUUCAGUUCAAAUGCCACCAGAGCUGCUUCUCCCCCUGUUGCCUCUGGAGCAGCUUCAGUUUACACACUGAUGAUGAGGCUUCAAACCGGAAAAUCUCAUAUAGUACUUUACCAAGGAGAAGAACCCUGAAAAAUUCAAGAGUAGUGAGUAAGAAAGAUGACAUACAUGUCUGUAUCAUGUGUUUACGUGCCAUCAUGAAUUAUCAGUAUGGUUUCAACAUGGUCAUGUCCCAUCCGCAUGCUGUCAAUGAGAUUGCUCUAAGCUUGAACAAUAAGAAUCCCAGAACAAAAGCCCUUGUUUUAGAACUGUUGGCAGCAGUUUGUCUUGUCAGAGGCGGGCAUGAAAUCAUUUUAUCAGCAUUUGAUAACUUUAAGGAGGUUUGCGGAGAAAAACAGCGCUUUGAGAAGCUGAUGGAAAAUUUCAGGAAUGAAGACAAUAACAUAGAUUUUAUGGUGGCCUCUAUGCAGUUUAUUAACAUCGUAGUCCAUUCAGUAGAAGACAUGAAUUUCAGAGUUCACCUCCAAUAUGAAUUUACCAAAUUAGGCCUGGAUGAAUACUUGGAUAAGCUGAAACACACGGAGAGUGACAAGCUGCAGGUCCAGAUUCAGGCGUACCUGGACAACGUGUUUGAUGUCGGAGCUCUGCUGGAAGAUGCUGAAACUAAGAAUGCAGCCUUGGAGAGGGUGGAAGAACUGGAAGAAAACAUCUCUCAUUUAUCUGAGAAACUGCAGGACACAGAAAAUGAAGCUAUGUCCAAGAUCGUGGAACUGGAAAAGCAGCUUAUGCAGAGGAACAAGGAGCUGGAUGUUGUUCGAGAAAUCUACAAAGAUGCAAAUACCCAAGUUCACACCUUAAGAAAAAUGGUCAAAGAAAAAGAAGAAGCCAUUCAAAGACAGUCUACCCUGGAAAAAAAGAUUCACGAACUGGAGAAACAAGGGACCAUUAAAAUUCAGAAGAAAGGGGAUGGGGACAUCGCCAUACUGCCAGUUGUGGCUUCUGGAACAUUGUCCACAGGGUCAGAAUCAGGAGCGGGUAACUCUGGGGGACCAGUAACAGGGGCUGCCUCCUCGGGACCCUUGACCCCUCCUCUACCACUGCCUCCGUCUUCAGACUCACCUGAGGCAGUGCAAAAUGGUCCAGUAACACCACCUAUGCCACCACCACCCCCGCCCCCGCCGCCUCCCCCUCCUCCCCCGCCCCCACCGCCGCCUCUCCCAGGCCCUGCAGAGGAGACUGUGCCUGCUCCUCCCGUACCACCCCCCCCUCCUCCCUCGGCACCCCCGCUGCCUGGAACGUCUUCACCCACGGUGGUUUUCAACUCAGGAUUAGCAGAUGGGCCAAUCAAGCUUUUCUCUGUGAAAAUUAAGAAGCCAAUCAAGACGAAGUUCAGAAUGCCAGUGUUUAACUGGGUUGCUCUGAAGCCCAAUCAGAUCAAUGGCACAGUCUUCAACGAAAUUGAUGAUGAGCGAAUUCUGGAGGACUUAAAUGUGGAUGAAUUUGAGGAAAUAUUCAAGACAAAAGCCCAAGGUCCUGCCAUUGAUCUCUCUUCAAGCAAACAGAAGAUAACACAGAAGGGAUCAAGCAAAGUGACGUUACUAGAAGCAAACAGAGCCAAAAAUCUUGCCAUAACGCUAAGGAAAGCCGGGAAGACCGCUGACGAGAUAUGCAAAGCUAUUCAUGUAUUUGACUUGAAGACGUUGCCUGUAGACUUUGUAGAAUGUUUGAUGCGAUUCUUGCCAACUGAGAAUGAGGUGAAAGUGCUUCGGCUCUAUGAGCGGGAAAGGAAGCCCCUGGAGAACUUGUCGGAUGAAGAUCGGUUCAUGAUGCAGUUCAGCAAAAUCGAGAGGCUCAUGCAGAAGAUGACCAUCAUGGCUUUCAUUGGGAACUUUGCUGAAAGCAUUCAGAUGCUGACUCCUCAACUACAUGCAAUUAUAGCAGCAUCUGUCUCUAUAAAGUCAUCCCAGAAACUCAAGAAAAUUCUGGAGAUCAUCUUGGCCCUUGGAAACUACAUGAAUAGCAGUAAAAGAGGAGCAGUUUAUGGAUUUAAACUUCAGAGUUUAGAUCUGCUCUUAGAUACAAAGUCAACAGACCGGAAGCAAACGCUGUUGCACUAUAUAUCAAAUGUUGUAAAAGAAAAAUAUCACCAAGUGACCCUAUUUUAUAAUGAGCUUCAUUAUGUGGAAAAGGCUGCUGCAGUCUCCCUUGAGAAUGUUCUACUGGACGUCAAGGAGCUCCAGAGGGGCAUGGACUUGACCAAGAGGGAGUACACCAUGCACGACCACAACACGCUGCUGAAGGAGUUCAUCCUCAACAACGAGGGAAAGCUGAAGAAGCUGCAGGACGAUGCCAAGAUCGCACAGGAUGCCUUUGAUGAUGUCGUGAAGUAUUUUGGAGAAAACCCCAAGACAACGCCACCCUCCGUCUUCUUUCCUGUCUUCGUCCGGUUUGUGAAAGCAUAUAAGCAAGCAGAGGAGGAAAACGAGCUGAGGAAAAAGCAGGAACAAGCCCUCAUGGAAAAACUCCUGGAGCAAGAGGCUCUGAUGGAGCAGCAGGACCCAAAGUCUCCUUCCCAUAAAUCAAAGAGACAGCAGCAAGAGUUAAUCGCGGAGUUAAGAAGGCGACAAGUUAAAGAUAACAGACAUGUAUAUGAGGGAAAAGAUGGUGCCAUUGAAGAUAUUAUCACAGCCUUAAAGAAGAAUAAUAUCACUAAAUUUCCAAAUGUUCACUCGAGGGUAAGGAUUUCUUCUAGCACACCGGUGGUGGAGGAUACACAGAGCUGAUCUUAGAAACCAACCAUACCGACGAGCCGAUGCGGUGAGGAGAAGUGUCAGGCGGCGCUUUGAUGAUCAGAACUUGCGUUCUGUUAAUGGCGCGGAAAUAACGAUGUGAACCCAAGACCUGCCUGCAUGAAUAGAGGGUGUUCGUGAACUAAACUGCCCACGUGAACUUUAUGUGCUAUCAUUUAACUGCAGCCUUGAACACAUAAAAUAUUCUGAAGGACUCAGAAUUAGUAAACACAUAGGAAUUUAAAAAUGAUGGGCUCUUCUUUCAACCCAUGUUAACAAGUGCCUAAAAAUGGAAGUACCUGCUCAGAUUAAUCAAAGCAAUAGGAUUUGAUUUGAUUAGGUAUCUUUUUACACACCAGUAUGUUAUUUUUUUCUUAACCAAAAUGUAAAUUUCACAUUAAAUCCAUUACUUGCCAUUGUGAUUAUCCCAUGAUGGCCCACCCUGAUUUCCCAGUAAGUUGUAAAUAACAUGGAUGCAUCAGAAUUUAUUUUGUUUCAGCCAUAUCCAUCACCUUACCUUUGUGUUUCUAAAGACUUGCAACAUGGAAGAAGGGAAAAGUCACAUAAUAAACUCCUUUGGUCCAUAACCAAGCUCUAGCAAAGUGCAAACAGGAUGCAACUGCAGUGGCACAAGUCACUCAAAACUCUUUGUUUCUAGUUUCACAUUCUACUUCUUCUGUGCUAGGGAAGGAUGCUCUGUGAGAGAGGUUCACCAGUAUGAAUGCAAGGAUAUGAUGGCAUAAAAUGUUGUAUAAGACUUAUUUUGCAGUACUAUGUUCUUCAGCUUAAGGCAGCUUUUUAAUGCAGAUAUAUUUAUUAGCACUAAGAUUAACAUCUCAGUGAUCAGUAUUAGGAUUUCUGAGGACCAUUAUAGGUUGAUCCUGAUAAUAGAAAUUGGUGCCUUGCUAGCCAGGGAGAAGUUUUCUAGUUCUACAAGUAUUCAAGGUUACAUCUGCUAGCACAGUAGUGUUAGGAACCUGGCCUUAUUCUCCUCUGACAAUCGCAGGGUUUUUCAUUUCUUUUUUCCUUUUCUAAAUUGGAGAAGAUACAUUUGGUAUCAUGUACCACAGCUAAAUUAUUCCUGCAUUUCCCAGAUUACUUAUAGGGAAUUGCAAUAAAGUCACUGAAAAAUGUUAACAUUGAUAUUAUAUACUUAAAUAAUAUGCAAUGAGACUAAAUGGCCACUUAAGCCACUAUUUUUCCUUCCUCUCUAGCAGGGCACUUGAUCCAUUCCAAAGUCAAAAACUGGACUGAAGCUAAAUUUGUACUUUCCAUAAUAUACAUUCUGCUUUUGGCUUACCUUCUUGGUAUCUUACAUCAGUAUAUUAAUUGUAAAGUUUAUUGUAUAGUAUUUAACCACUGAAUUUCCUAUUUUAUGUUGUGCUUCUGUGUGAACCCUUGGUGAAGGUCCCUUUUCCUUGGAUAAUGUGUAGUUAUAUGAUCUUUUUAAAUGUACAGAUAUUUUGCUAUGAAAUUGGUGCAGUUUUUUAUGGUUUUUACACUUCUCUUUAAUUCCCACCUAAGCCUCUAGGUAAUAUUGUAAAUAUUGUUUAAAAAUGCAUCAGCCUAUGCUAUACAAUCUGAAUGUUAUUUUAACUUAUAGGUUUUUUUUUUUUUUUUAAAUAUAUUUAACUACAAGGACAGGUUAGGGAUCAGUUACCACACUUCACUUUAGCAUAUUUACAGAAAGAUUACUUUAAAACUGCCACCUGGAGGCAUACUUCCAUAAAUGUGUAAUUUAAAAAGAAUGUGCCAAGAUUUUGUCUUUCUGUUGACUUAACAUUCAUUUUGCUGAAGAUACCAAUUUGACCAUAACACGUAACACAAAUAGUUGGACCUUUACCAUAAAGCAGCUGUUUUCCAAAACUCAAUGCUGACGUGCAUAUGUUAAAAUAAUUGCCUAUUUAUUAUUCUACAAAGAGACAAUAAUGUUGGCAUGUUCUUUUCUGUUUGUCUAUUAAUGGGCCUGCUUCUUAGCAAUAUUAGAAAUGUUUUAUAAAAGCAAUUCAUGUUACUUUUCUGGUCUUUUCACGGCAUAUGAGCAAAUAAAAACUAUUUACACUACUAUUCU